CUGCUCUGUGGUAAAUGUAAACUCAUUCCCAGCACAGCCGGGACUCGGGACCUACAACUUUGCAGAGUUCUCCACCACAGACACAGCUUGUUCGGUACAUCUUCUCUCACAGAAAAAAAAAAAAAAAAAAAAAAAAAAAAACUUUAGAGGCAGAAAAAACCCAGCCUUUCACAAAUUUGAGGAAGUGAGGCCGACUCCACCCAGGCAAAAGCUUUAAAAAUGAGCAGUACACACCCUCGCCUGAACCAGUCGAGCGCUGCUAGCUCCGCCGCAUCUAACGCAGCCCUAGCCGACAAAGACGCCGACAUGCCCGCCACUGAGAAAGACCUCGCCGAAGACGCUCCUUGGAAGAAAAUCCAACAGAACACCUUCACCCGCUGGUGUAACGAGCACCUGAAAUGCGUCAACAAGCGCAUUGCCAACCUGCAGACCGACCUGGGCGAUGGGCUUCGGCUCAUCGGCUUGCUGGAGGUGCUGAGCCAGAAAAAGAUGUUCCGAAAGUUUAACCAGCGCCCCACGUUCAGGCAGAUGCAGCUGGAAAAUGUGUCCGUGGCACUGGAAUUCUUGGACAAAGAGAAUAUCAAGCUGGUCUCCAUUGGUAAGUACAGAGUCUAGUGUUUGGUGGGGUGG